AUGGAACAAGCGGAAUGGGGUUCAGUGAUGAGGGUAUUUUUGGAGUUUGUCAGUUUCUACAACGUUGACCUUUUUCUCUCUGGCUAUUAUCAAAUCCGGUGUUUAUUGCAGUGCGCCGACAAGUUAAAUUCUCACAUUGAGGUGAACGUACCUCGGACUUCAGUUCCGGCUUUGUUCCCCGCGUCGGUCGUCAACGGCAGAGCGGUGGGCAAGACGUUCGAAGUACUUUACCGAGACGAGACUGUGUCGAUGUCCGACGUAUUCGAGUACAAAGUAACCGUACCGUUGAAGCUGAGUGCUCUUUCGGUUGAUUCAGCGGUCCUCAAGAUGCAGCUGGUUCUUGAACUGUGGCAUAUUGGCAGCAGUGACCUACUGAAACCUGGCGGGGACGAGGUGUGUGCGGCGUACAAGAUGCUCAGCGCCCGCCAUCUCACCCUGAAUCUCUCCCUCACCAAGGGUCUGCACUACCAUCGCCCUGUGUGGUUCGAUUACCUCCAUUUGAGUGCCGUCACGUUUUCGGUUCACGCCUCUCUGUGUGGCCUGAAAAUCCCGCAGAGUCCUUUGAUGCGACAUACAAACUCCUCGUCUGCGGCUUCAGAAAAUUCUUCUACCUGCGACCCCUCGUCCUCAGUUUCGGAUUCGUCCGGAACUCGACUGUCAACUUCCGAUCUCAAGGUCUGGCUGGACUGUUACAAGCCGGACGCACACAACACAAUGGACAGCCGUUUGAAGCAGAUUUUGAGGGUGCAUAGCAGUGCCUGUACGACGCUUUUGUCGGCAUACGAGUCGUUGCAAGCGAAACUAAUGCAGUUUGUUUCGCUGCUUCCGCAUGAGAACCAGAAUCACAUUCGGUGCGUCGACUGUGUAGAGAAACUGACUAUCUUGCAGGAGGACAUAAUGAACUAUGACGAUGCCGUCGGACUGUUGCUGCAACUGGACAAUGAUCUGAAGCUGUUAUCCACGGAGCUGGACCUUCUCUGGACACGGUUUCUGGAAUGUAUGCGAUCCCAGCCUGCUGUAGCUCGUCAUUUGUCUAACGAGCACCAUUUACUCAGGGUAAGACGUUUCGCGGAAGCUUUUUUCUACUGUGAGAACUUCCUCGAGAACAUUCUGAUUUGCUCCGAAGUACGAGUUGUGCACAAAGAAUAUGAACGGGUCUUUGACGAACUACGCCAUUCAGCUUAUUAUACGUCGAUUCCUCCAUUGGCGGUGUUUUGUGAGGAGAUUGACGGCGCCAGCGAUAUGUUGCCAGUGAUUUUCGUCGAACACUACGACGCGUACGAGCCGCCAACGACCGCCUCUGAUUCGAGCGACCAGCGCAGACGGCGACAGUCGAGUGCCGAAAUGAAGGCGAUGCUGAAGAAGGACCUGAUGCUGAGCGACAAUGACGUCGGUCACCAUAGUCCUCCGUCUUCGUCUUCGUCCUCCUCUGUCGAAGUAAAAGUCCGUUGGAGGAAACGAAAAUCGUCUGCCUGUAAGUACAAGAAACUGAUUCGUCGCAGCAUGGCGUUCAAUGCAUCGCUUCUGAACAAAAAGCGAUAUUCGUUGAGCCCGGUGUGCCCCGUGGAGUUGGUCAAUUUCUACCAUUUGUUGGAGGAGGACUCUGACGUUUCUAAGGUGGAAACGAUACGCCGUUACCUCACGAACAGCGCCGAUUUGGGCAGCACUCCGAAUUUAUCCAAAGCCGAGAUCGUUCCUGCAUGUUUGAGGAAGCGUUCCCUUCCGCGCAGAUCUAAAUCCGAUCCUGGCGUGUAUACGGCUGUAAUCAACGGCAAAAACAACGUCCAACAGCCAUCUGACGGUAGUCUUUUGUAUUAG